GGCUGCAAUUAAACGCAACUCAAUUUCGUAAAUGUGCCCUUCAGCUUAGCAACCAAUCAGAAUGAGGCGGGAAUUAUUACAUGCGCCAUCAUUGUAAGCAAUGGCGGUCGGCUUUGUUCGUUCUGUGCUUCUUUCAGCUAUUUCUUUUGUGUAGAUAUGUAAUUUAAUGUCAGUGUGCUAAAAUGCUGCAGAUAGUGUAAUGUUCUAUAUGUUGGUGUGAAGUUUAUUUCGAACCAGCGAUGUUUUCUGGGUUUUCGCUGCUUCUACUCAAGUCAUUGUAUUUCUUCGGGCAAUCUGGCUAGUCUUGUGUUAUAAAAUGUCGGCCGACUUUCUUCGUUCUGUGUUUUUUCCGCUAUUUCUUUUGUGUAGCUACAGAAUUUGGUGUUUCAGUGUGCUAAAAUCCAGAAGUUAGUGUAAUACUCUGAACGUUGAAGCAAAAUGUUUCCUGAUUUUGCUUUGUUUUCUGGGUUUUACCUGCUGCUAAUGAAGUCACUGUAUUUAUUCAGCUAAGCUGGCUAGUACUAACAUAAGACCUUACGUUUUUAAACGACAAUCGGUUAUGUUUUACCUUGUUUUCUAGAUAUCCGAAGCCGAAGUUCGUUUUUAUUUAGCUAAGAUAAUUGUUGCUGCCGCCUGUGACUCUAACUGUUCGCAUGUUCGUUCCUAACUGUCCUUUAUGAUGUUAUCGGCAAAAUGAAAGGAAACAAUCUGCAUUUUUUAAUCUUCUUCAGUAUUAUGGACAACACUAUCCCACCGAGUCAAACUAAUACAGAGUGCCCAGCAGUAGGGUAUAUCGGUACUGAUUUCGAAAGGACCCAGACUUCCGACAACUAUAGGUGAAGUCACAGAUGCCACCAAUCUAUUGCAGGGGAGGGGUUGUACUCAAUGCGUUAAAGCAAGCUUAACAUUGAAAGGCGGAAAUCUGCUACCAGUGUCUAGUGUAUGUUUGCUGUUUUAGCCAUAAAAGGAAGCCGAAGGGUCAUGAUCAGGGAGUAAAAAGGUAAUUAACUGUUAUUAAGCUCACUUUUUAUAAAUCAUAUUUCACCACUCGCAAAUUUGUGUUUUCUUACGGUAUGAUGUCAACUGGUACCUAAUAUGUUCACCCUUACGAUGAGAAGUACCUGCAAAUUUUCACCAUCAUAUUCGAAUUAUUUUUGGACAAAUGUCUUACAGUCUGAGUGCUUCGUACGCCCCGAGAAGCUCUAUUUCUACAACAUUCGUAGUUCCAGUAUAACUUUCUCACGCAGUAAGUUCAAAUUAGACACUAGUCUUUCUAAAUAAGCCUGUUAAGCUAAUAUCCGUAUUCUUUAUUUCAGUUGAUCGAUGAAGACAUGUACCACGUGCAUCUGCUGUAUACUGCCAUUUCACUCCAAUUCUAACUGUUAUAUCUUACUUUUGAAUAAUAAAAUUGCUAUAUACUGCAA